GUGUUAGUGAAAUAAACAAAACACGUUGGGUUUUGAUGUGCUGUUGGUAACUCCUCCUCAGUGCUGUGGAUCUGUAUCUACUCAGUCAGCACACUCUCCGUUACUACAUGUAACAAUGAGCUGGUAGCGGAUCGUUCAGUCUCAUCCAGUGUGUGUUGUGUAAAUCUGGUUUAUUAUUGUGUGAAGUACAGCUGUGGUCAGCAUGUCCUCUGGAGCUCCACAGACCCUGCGCUUCGGUCAGGUGGUUAUUGGACCACCAGGUUCAGGUAAAACCACGUACUGUCGCGCCAUGUACGAGUUCCUGAGCAGAGUGGGACGCAAAGUAGUGGUGGUCAACCUAGAUCCUGCAAACGAGGGUCUGCCAUACCAGUGUGCUGUGGACAUUUCUGAACUAGUCACCCUCGAUGAUGUGAUGGAGGGUCUGAAACUCGGUCCAAAUGGUGGUCUGAUCUACAGUAUUGAAUACCUAGAAGCCAAUCUGGACUGGUUAGAGGCAAAGCUGAAGCAGCACAGUGACUGCUAUUUCCUAUUUGACUGUCCAGGUCAGGUGGAGCUUUACACUCAUCACAGAUCAGUAAGAAAUAUAUUUGCCCAGCUAGCCAAGUGGAAUUUCAGGUUGACAUCAGUGCAUCUAGUGGACUCGCACUACUGUGCUGAUCCAGCCAAGUUCAUAUCUGUGCUCUGUACAUCCCUUUCUACCAUGCUUCAAGUGGAACUUCCUCAUGUUAAUGUUCUCUCAAAGAUGGAUCUUAUUGAGCAGUAUGGCAAGCUGGCCUUCAACCUUGAUUUCUACACGGAGGUUAUGGACCUGUCAUACCUGGUGGAACACCUUAACGUUGACCCGUUCUUUAAGAGGUUCCACUCUUUAAAUGAGAAGUUGGCUGAAGUAAUUCAGGAUUACAGCCUUGUUUCCUUUAUCCCUCUAAAUGUGCAGGACAAGGAGAACAUGAUGCAGGUUUUACGCACAGUGGACAAGGCGAACGGCUACUCCUUUGGUGACUUAGAGGAAAGAAAUCUGCAGGCUAUGAUGUCUGCUGCCGUGGGUGCAGAUUUUCAGUUCAGCUCCACUCUUGGAGUACAAGAAAAAUAUGAGGAACCAAGCAAAAAGACUUUGGAAGAAGAGGUCAUGGAUUUGUAACUGUAAUCUAAUUAUAAUGUGAUAUAUUGACAUUGACUGAACUAACAGUUUUUUUUAUAGUAAAAAUGUCUGGAAACAUGAACCACAAGACAUACAGUGGGAACCUACCAGUAAGAAAUGUUUCUGCAGGAAAAGUUAUUAUUUACUUAAUAAAAAAAGAAAACACUGUUUUCCACUAAAAUAAAUGUGUGUUUUGUUUUGUAUUUAAAAUUUA